AUGAGCGACUCUAACGGCCGGCCAAAUGAAGCAAUACCUUCCGCGAGAUCACAGAGCAUUGUCGGUGGUGACGGUGGCGGAGUUUACACUCUCAGGAGUCGAGAGGCAUCGGCAUUUGGAGUGGCGGCCGUCAAGUCUCUGGAAAAGCCGAAGGAAUACAUCAAAGACACUGGCGUCGACUCUGAGACCGGCAGUGUAGACUCGCGAGACAUCAAAAGAAGACAGGUUUUCCAUGGAUGGAAACUCUUGUGGCUUGCCUAUCAAUCCAUUGGAGUGAUCUACGGCGACAUCGGCACCAGUCCACUGUACGUCUACUCGUCUACCUUCUCGUCCCCUCCAAGCCACGAAGAUCUGUACUGCUUUAUCGUUCUCCGAGCCGACGAUGAAGGAGAGGGUGGCACAUUUGCACUGUUUUCUCUAUUGACCCGUUACGCCAACAUUGUUCGUCGCCAUCCUCGAGAAGCGCAAAUGGUCAGGAUGGAGCGGCACAUGACUGGAGAUCUCCGGAAACCAGCGCGUACAGCGCGAAAUCUAAUGGAGCGCUCUCCUACCGUCCAAUGGAUUCUGAAAGUCCUGGGCGUGUUUGGUGUUGCUCUCGUCAUGUCCGAUGGUGUCCUUACUCCGGCCCAAUCUGUCCUUGGUGCGAUCCAGGGAAUCGAAGUCGUGUCGGCGAAUAUCAGCCAGGCGACAGUGAUUGGAUCUUCUUGUGCCAUUCUCAUCGUCCUCUUCCUGUUGCAGCCCUUUGGAAUCACCAAGCUCGCGAGCACCUUUGCUCCUAUCGUCAUUGUUUGGCUCCUCUUUAAUGCCGUCUUCGGCAUCUACAACUUGGCCAAGCACGACGCCUCUGUGCUGAAGGCUUUCUCCCCAUACUAUGCCGGACACUACCUCGUGAGGAAUGGAAGAGAGGGAUGGAUCAACCUGGGAGGAAUCCUCUUGGCUUUCACAGGCUGCGAGACUCUCUAUGCCGACCUUGGAGCUUUCAGUGCCCCGGCGGUACGACUGUCUUGGCUAUACUUUGCCUAUCCUUGUCUACUCUUGAGCUAUAUUGGACAAGCAGCCUAUAUUGCUGAUAUCCCCGAUGCUUACAACAACCCGUUCUUCAAGACUGUGCCGCCGGGGUGCAUCUGGCCUUCACUUAUCAUCGCGAUCCUCGCCGCCAUCGUCGCCAGUCAGGCCACGAUCACUGCCACGUUCCAACUGUUGACUCAGAUCAUGAAACUAUCCUACUUCCCACAGCUCAAGGUGGUGCACGUGUCCAAGAUUUUCUAUGGCCAGAUCUAUAUGCCCAUCGCGAAUUGGCUCCUCAUGAUUGGGACCGUCAUCAUCACCGGGGUCUACACCAACACGACCAACCUCGGGCACGCCUACGGAGUCUGUGUCAUUCUUGUAACGUUUCUCACCACCAACAUGGUCGCCGUGGUGGCCUUGAUCGUCUGGCGCUAUCCACUCUACGUCGUUGCGCCCAUCUGGCUCAUAUUUGCACUGUGGGACGGUGUCUUCCUCUCCUCCGCUCUCACCAAAGUCCCCAACGGUGCAUGGUUUACCCUGGCCCUCUCCGUCGUCCUGGUCUGCUUUUUCGUUCUUUGGAGAUUCGGCAAAGAGGAACAGUGGAAAUCAGAGAGAUUCGAGCGGAUCCCCACGUCUGACAUAUUGAGACCUACCGAGAGCGCCAGCGAAUAUUGCCGCGGACUUAGACUCAGUCCUGCUUUCGGAGGCGAGGAAAUCACGCGCAUCAAUGGCACGGGCGUGUUUUUCGACAAGUCCGGCGCACCGUCCACGACGCCCACAGCGUUUGUACACUUCCUCCAAAAGUUCCACGCCGCGCCCGACGUGGUCAUCUUCUUCCACCUACGGCCUCUAGAAAUUCCCACCCUGCCCGCCGAGGAACGGUACCAGACCAUCCGAUGUUUUAUGGGCACGGGGGCCGGUGACGGCAAGAAACAGCCCCUGCCAAACUGCUACCGCGUCAUCAUCCGUCACGGGUACAACGACGAGGUCGUGAGCCAGAACCUGGGACUGUUGCUGCACGACCAGGUGCGGGAUUUCCUUCUCCAUGAAGCGUUGAUCGGCCACGAGAACCCGCCUCAGGGGCAGAUGAGCGACAACGACAACGCGAAGCGAGUGGUGCUUGCAGAAAAGACGGUGAACUCGGAGAACGCGUCGUUGGAGCCACCGCCGGAGUCGCAAGUGACGGAGCGACUGUCCGAGCUGCAGCAGGCCUUCACCAAGCAGGUUGUCUACAUUGUGGGCAAGGAACAACUGCGUGUCAAGCCACACACGAAUAUUGUCAAGAGAGCCUUGCUGGAAGCGUUCCUGUGGGUUCGGGAGAAUACGCGGACCAAGGUGCAAGCGCUGAAUAUCCCCGUGGACAAGCUCGUCGAGGUUGGAUUCAUCAAGGAAAUUUGA